AUGGCAAAUGAAGUCUUAUAUCUUUGCAGUCCUGAACCGGCAACUUCAGCUUCUUCCCGGAUGCGGAUUCUUGCAGUGAUCUUUAGCAAAUGGGCAUGUGCUAUUGAAAGAACUCGUGGUGUUGCUGUUGUUACAAUCCGGUCCGAUUCUGUUAAUGGAAUGCGAGGGAGGAAGGAUAAAUUGAUUAUGGGCUGUGACCAAGGAGAAAAUUACAAAAAGAAAAAUGCAGCUGCAGCCCCUUCUGAUGGCAAUUCUACUACGAGGCUUAAAUGCCCAUUUAGGCUGAGAUCUAUUCUGAGUGAGAUUGGUUGGAAGGUGGUGGUUAAAUGUGUGAUGCAUAAUCAAAGACUAGAUAAGGAUAUGUUAGGUCAUGACAUCUUGGAACGUCUAAAAGAUGAUGAAAUAAAGUUUGUGAAUGACAUGACGAAGUACAAUAUGGCUCCAAGGUACCGACUACCACUGCUUGAGAUUGUUGGUGUUACAUCAACAAAAUUGACGUUUUCAGUUGCUUUUACAUAUUUGGAACACGAAAGGGAGGAGAACUUCACAUGGGCACUAGAGAGGCUCAAGGAGUUGUUUUAUUCUGAGAAGUUACUACCAGAUGUCCUAGUAACGGACCGGGAACUUGCAUUAAUGAAUGCCAUUGAUUCUGUGUAUCCAAAUGCGUCUCAUUUGCUGUACAAAUUUGAUGUAUAUCUCAACCACUUCGAGAGUGUAUGUGGUGAUAUUCCAUCAUUUGUCAAGUAUGUGAAAGAAACAUGGCUAACACCAUAUAAAGAAAGAUUUGUUGCUGCAUGGACUAACAGAGUCACUCAUUUAGGGAACACAACAAACAAGGUGGAGUCUGCGUAUUGGAGACUGAAGAACAUGUUGACGACAAGUCGUGAUGAUUUAUGUGCAAGUUGGGAGGCUGUGAACACAAUGUUGAAUUUGCAACAAAGUUCCAUAAGAGUGUCGUUUCAAAAAGGUAUCGUCAACAUUGAGCACCGGAAGACUUUGAAUGACCAUACUUUUCACAGUGAUCGGAUUUCAAGGAUUUAUGUUGAGGGCUAUCGUACCUUUUCUGUGAUAUCUUCAGAUGUUGGGACACAAGUCUUGUCAUCUUCUGCUUGUGCCUUCGAGGAACCUCCUUAA